UUCGGCAUGGAGGCGGCGGCGGCGGCGGCAGCUGAGGCGAGCAGCCUUCUGAGGAGUCGGCGGCGGCGGCGGUGUCGUCGUCGGCGCUGCUAGUGUCGCGAGGCCGGAGGGAGCGCGAGGGCGGCGUUGGCGUUGGCGGCAGCCUGCGCGAGGCUCGGGGUCGGGGAGGGAGGGAGCGGGCAGCCUCUGGGCGGCGCCAGGACGAAGCCCCGGGGGAGGCCCCGGCCGGUGAGUGCGGCGGAGGCAGCGCCCGCCAUGGACUGAGGGAGACGCGAUGGGCAACAAGGAGUCCCGCAUCGGCUUCCUCACCUACGACGAGGCCCUGCGGAGGGUUACAGAUGUAGAACUGAAGCGGCUGAAAGAUGCCUUCAAGAGGACCUGCGGACUCUCAUAUUACAUGAGCCAGCAGUGCUUCGUUCGGGAAGUGCUUGGGGAUGGAGUUCCUCCAAAAGUUGCCGAGGUCAUAUAUUGCUCUUUCGGUGGCACGUCCAAAGGACUACAUUUCAACAAUCUGAUAGUAGGCUUAGUCCUGCUAACGAGGGGCAGAGAUGAAGAGAAAGCAAAAUACAUUUUCAGCCUGUUUUCAAAUGAAUCCGGGAGCUAUGUCGUCCGUGAAGAGAUGGAAAGGAUGCUUCAUGUGGUCGAUGGGAAAGUCCCGGAAAGCCUCAAGAAAUGCUUCUCGGAGGGUGAAAAGGUAAACUUUGAGAAAUUCAAAACCUGGCUGUGGCAAAAUAAAGAGGCCUUCACGUUUUCCCGCUGGCUGCUCUCAGGGGGAGUGUAUGUCACGCUUACGGAUGACAGCGACACCCCGACUUUUUAUCAGACCCUUGCUGGAGUCACACACUUGGAAGAAUCCGAUAUCAUUGAUCUUGAAAAACGGUAUUGGCUUCUGAAAGCUCAAUCAAGGACAGGACGUUUUGAUCUGGAAACAUUUGGUCCUUUGGUUUCCCCUCCCAUUCAUCCAUCUCUGGGUGAAGGUCUUUUUAAUGCCUUUGAUGAAAAUCGUGACAAUCACAUUGACUUCAAAGAAAUCUCCUGCGGACUCUCAGCCUGCUGCAGGGGACCGCUGGCUGAAAGGCAGAAAUUUUGCUUCAAGGUUUUUGACAUUGACCGAGACGGGAUUUUGUCUCGCGUUGAACUUGAAGACAUGGUGGUUGCCCUUUUGGAAGUCUGGAAAGAUAACCGUACAGAUGACAUUCCUGAGCUGCACAUGAAUCUUCCGGACAUAGUAGAAGCUGUUUUGAAGGCACAUGACACUACCAAGCUCGGCCACCUUACUCUGGAAGACUACCAAAUCUGGAGUGUGAAGAGUGCUCUUGCCAAUGAAUUUCUGAAUCUCCUUUUCCAGGUGUGCCAUAUAGUCUUAGGUCUAAGGCCUGCCACUCCAGAAGAGGAAGGACAAAUCAUCAGGGGCUGGUUAGAACGAGAAAGUAGAUAUGGCCUUCAGCAAGGACACAACUGGUUUCUUAUUGCGAUGCCUUGGUGGCAGCAGUGGAAAGAAUAUGUCAACUACGAUGCUAGCCCUGUUGUGAUCGAACCUUCGUCUGUCUUAAGCAGAGGUAAGAACUCGCUCCCGGGUGCUGCAGCCCAUGCGCCAGAGCAGGGAGAAGACAAAACAGGCCGUUUAAAUUACUUCAGUGCCACAGAAGAAAAGUUUUCAGAUAGCAUUUCUACUGCAUCAGAAGCCUCAGAGACUGCUAGCAAUUUCCUUUACACCCUGCCUCCUAGUGCCGAGAUAUGCUUUUCCCGUCAGCUUAACUCUUCGGACAACAACAAUCAGUGCCUGCUUGGAUCCAAUGGGAACAUUUUGCUGCAGCUCAAUCCACAGCGGCCUGGAGCGAUUGAUAACCAGCCCCUCGUAACGCAAGACCCAACAAAGGCUCCAUCGUUGACUCUGGAAGGCGGUCGUUUAAAGCAGUCUCCUCAGUUAAUUCAAGGGAAGAGUUAUGAAAUGGUCCCAGAACCAGUAUGGAGGGCUCUUUACCAUUGGUACGGCGCAAACCUGUCUUUGCCGAGACCAGUGAUCAGAAACAACGACACCAACCUGCCUGAGUUGGAGCUCUUCCCGCGCUACCUGCUCUUCCUGAGGCAGCAGCCUGCCACCCGGACGCAGCAGUCCAACAUCUGGGUGAACAUGGGUAUGAUGAGCCUGAGGAUGUUUCCUCAACAUUUGCCGAGAGGGAAUGUCCCAUCUCCCAGCGCUCCCUUAAAGAGGGUCCUGGCCUACACUGGCUGCUUUAGCCGCAUGCAGACGAUUAAGGAGAUCCAUGAGUAUCUGUCACAGCGGCUACGGAUAAAAGAGGAGGACAUGCGCUUGUGGCUCUACAACAGCGAGAACUACCUUACUCUUCUGGACGAUGAGGACCACACGUUGGAAUACCUGAGCAUCCAAGAUGAGCAGCACUUAAUAAUAGAAGUUCGAAACAAAGACAUGAGCUGGCCAGAGGAGAUGUCCUUUAUAGCAAACAGCAGUAAAAUAGACAGGCAUAAGGUUCCAACGGAAAAGGGGGCGACUGGCUUGAGCAACCUGGGGAACACCUGCUUCAUGAACUCCAGCAUCCAGUGUGUCAGCAACACGCAGCCUCUCACCCAGUAUUUCAUCUCUGGCAGACAUCUCUACGAGCUCAACAGGACAAAUCCAAUAGGAAUGAAGGGACAUAUGGCCAAAUGCUACGGGGAUUUGAUUCAAGAGCUGUGGAGCGGGACACAAAAGAACAUUGCUCCUUUAAAGUUACGGUGGACGAUAGCUAAAUACGCUCCCAGAUUUAAUGGCUUCCAGCAGCAAGACUCUCAGGAGCUCUUGGCUUUUCUUCUGGAUGGUCUCCAUGAGGACCUGAACCGAGUGCACGAUAAGCCGUAUGUUGAACUGAAAGACAGUGACGGCCGGCCGGAUUGGGAGGUGGCAGCGGAGGCCUGGGAGAACCACCUGAGGAGGAACCGCUCAAUAGUGGUGGACUUGUUCCAUGGGCAGCUGAGGUCCCAAGUGAAGUGCAAGACCUGUGGGCACAUCAGCGUCCGCUUUGACCCUUUCAAUUUUUUAUCUUUGCCCCUCCCAAUGGACAGCUACAUGCAUGUUGAAAUCAUAGUAACUAAGCUAGAUGGGACAACUCCCAUUCGAUACGGACUGAGGCUGAACAUGGACGAGAAAUACACUGGCCUGAAAAAGCACCUCAGCGAACUUUGUGCCAUGAAGCCAGAGCAGAUCCUCCUUGCAGAGGUGCACAGCUCCAACAUAAAGAACUUUCCUCAAGACAACCAGAAAGUCCGUCUCUCGGCAAGCGCAUCCCUGUGUGCAUUUGAGGUACCAAUCCCUGGAUCCCCCACGUCAGCUACUCCAAGCCCUGUGCAAACAGAGUUCUGCAGCGUGCCGUCAGCCAACGGGAUGAUCAACGUACUGAUGAAUGGCGAUCUUCCCAGGCCAACCCUGAUCCCGAAUGGGAUGCCAAACACAGUGGUGCCAUGCAGGAUGGAAAACGGCUUCUCCAAUGGGAUGGUGAAUGGCCAUGUGACCUCUCCCUCCGACAGCCCCUUCAUAGGCUACAUCAUUGCUGUCCACAGGAAAAUGAUGAGGAUGGACAAGUACUUCCUUUCAUCUCAGAAGAACCGGCCGAGCCUCUUUGGAAUGCCACUGAUAGUUCCGUGCACCGUUCAUACGCGGAAGAAAGACUUGUAUGAUGCGGUCUGGAUCCAGGUAUCCCGGCUGGCAAGUCCCCUCCCUCCCCAAGAAGCCAGUAACCACGCACAGGACUGUGAUGACAGCAUGGGAUACCAAUACCCUUUCACCCUACGAGUGGUCCAGAAGGACGGCAAUUCGUGUGCUUGGUGCCCCUGGUACAGGUUUUGCCAUGGCUGUAAAAUCGACUGCACUGAAGAGAGAGCUCACAUGGGGAAUGCCAACAUCGCUGUUGACUGGGAUCCCACGGCACUUCAUCUCCGCUACCAGACGUCACAGGAACGGAUGGCCGAGGAGCACAGGAGCGUGGAGCAAAGCCGGCGCGCUCAGGCUGAGCCAAUCAACCUGGACAGUUGCCUCCGGGCCUUCACCAGCGAGGAGGAACUAGGUGAAGAUGAGAUGUACUACUGUUCCAAGUGCAAAACUCACUGCUUGGCCACCAAGAAGCUAGACCUGUGGAGGCUUCCCCCUAUCCUGAUAAUCCACUUGAAGCGUUUCCAGUUUGUCAAUGGCCGCUGGAUAAAAUCCCAAAAGAUCGUCAAGUUUCCCCGAGAGAGCUUCAACCCGAGUGCCUUCCUGGUGCCAAGAGAUCCAAGUUGCUGGCUGCAGAAGCCGCUGACUCCCCAGGUUGACGAUCCCUCUGAGACCCAGAUUCCGCAAGACGAGUGUCUGAGGAUGGAGGUGCAGAGCGUCCCAGUGGCCGGGGAGGGCGAUGUGCUAACCAGGAGCCCCUCUUCCCUCAACACUUCUGGCGUCUUAAAUAAUAUCAAAGCGUCUCCAUCUUCCGGGCGGAAGUGUGCAACUGGCUGCCCAUCGAGUAAAAACGUUAGUCCAACUGGUAGCCCCAGGACUUUGGGAAGAAGCAAGGGGCGGCUCCGGCUCCCCCAGCUGUGUAAAAACAAACUGUCCAGCAGCAAAGAGAACUUGGACAUGACCCGAGAGAACGGUACAGACCUGGACCCUAAGGUCACCCCCGACCAAGGAGAUGGCUUCAGCCGAGGGCAUGCUUUGGGGGGUAGCCAGGGCGAGCUCUUUGCCGCUCAGGACAGCAGCGAGGUGACUUUAGCCAAUGGAUACUUGUGCAAGCAAAACUCCCACAGCAACGGCAGCAUCAACGGGGAGGAGGAGAUGGUGGUUGACCAAAGAGGAGAGAUCUGUGUUAACCCCAUCUACAGCCUAUAUGCAAUUUCGUGCCAUUCAGGAAUUAUGGGAGGAGGUCAUUACGUCACUUACGCCAAAAACCCCAACAGCAAGUGGUACUGUUACAAUGACAGCAGCUGUAAGGAAUUGCAUCCUGAUGAAAUCGACACGGACUCCGCCUACAUCCUUUUCUACGAGCAGCAAGGAGUGGACUAUGCACAAUUUCUGCCAAAGAUAGACGGCAAGAACAUGGCAGACACGAGCAGCAUGGACGAAGACUUUGAGUCCGACUACAAGAAGUACUGCGUGCUGCAGUGAGCGCAAGCCAGGGGAGGUGCCGCGGACCGCUGUGAGGAAGCGCCCUUGAAAAGUCGCCUCCCGUUUGGCAAAAAAAAGAAAAAAAAAGUGGUUUUUAGCAGAGCGGAAGAGCUAAACGUAGUUUUUAUUUUUUUAUUUUCCUCUCAUGAUCUGAAAGCACAACUAGAAGAAAAGAGAAAGAAAGAACCCCUAAUUACAUAGCAGCUCACAGGUUGAGAUAGCUUCGGGUUUUUUUGUGUUUUUGUUCAGAUCUCUCCAUACACAUUGGGCGGGGAGAGGGGGGGGGAAUAGCACCCAUUGGUUGGAUUUCCUUUUUUUUACCUUUGGCUUUUAAACUGGUUUGAUGUAAGCAAACUAGGACCAAGAAAGCUUAAGUUGUAAGUAGCCCAAAUAAAAGCUGGCCCAGAGUAAUAGAAAGGUGUUUGCUUCCCUCCCCCCAUUUUUAAAACAAAAACAAAUUACCCAUAGAAAGAAGAAGAAGAAAACCAACCCUUUUGGAUGCUCUCUUCAGAUUUAAGACGAUUGAACUUGUAGUGUUGUCUGUAGACAACAUGAAUUUGCUACCUCCUUUUUCUGAAGUUUUUUUCCAUUUUUUUUAGUGGCAAGAUAAGGAAAGCCCAGGAUAGGCGACCUGCACAGAGGAGCAAACAUCAUGGCUUAGGGAAUUUCCUGCCUUUUCCGUUCUUAACCCCACUGGUCUCAGUUUGGUUUGUUUCUUGGCUUUUGGCUAUGUCAGUUCCACCCUAUUGGAUGGGUGAAUUUCUCCUGUGCUUUCAGCCGUGUGCUGUCAGAAUGGCUUGGAGGGGAAUUUCUCCUGUCCCCUCUGUGAUUUUGUGGCUGAUAUCAUGCCAUCCUACUCAUGAAAAAGUGGGGAGAGAACAGGGGGAUUAUUUGGCAUCCAUCCCCAGUCUGAAGGCAGGAGGCCCUUAGCUUUUCCUGGCAUCAGUGUGUGAGCUGCCCUCCUGCCUUAUGUGAAAGUUUGAACAUGCAUAUGGGCCCACUAGUGCCCCAUCUUAGAAUCUACGUCACACAGAAGUUUGCUCCUAAGAUCUCAGGCCUGGUGCAGACAUAACACUAGUAAACUAGUAACUAUGGUUGAGAUUCCAGGAGGGGAACGUGGGAUGCUAAACUAACAAAUCUCUAAAUCUUGGUUGAGAUGGGAACGCUGCAAUGUUUACCCAUGUGCUUGUGGAAUUUAUGUUGGGCAAGGGGUGAGUGGAGAGGGGAAUGAGAGGUUGCUCUGCCCCCAUCUUCCAACCUCUCCACCAUGGUUAAGAGUUCACAGGCAUUUCUUCUGCUCUGGCCUUUAGACCCUAGAAAAUUGCCCCCCAGAUUCAAGUUUGUGAGCAGUGUGAAAUAGUUGUGUGUGUGUUGUGUUUUUAAUUAAAUUGCACUUUAAAUGAAAGGAAAGGAUAAUUAAAACUCAGACAUAAGUUAAUUUUAUUACUGCCAAGUGUUUUUGGAGUGAAGGAUGAGGUCACCUCUUUUGCUUAAAGAGCAAGAAAUCCUGCUUGGGUAGCUAUUACGGUUUUAAUAUUGAAGUUUAUCCAAUCUGCAAGCAAACCUAGGCAUGCUUCCCUGCUCCAUCCCAUGACCUGGAAAGAAAAAUAGUGCCCCAUUUCUUCCUGUAAUAAGGUUGGCAUUAAUUUACAACUUUUGAAAGCCAAGUCUGUUGUCCCACCAAUGGAGUUCAUUUGUAGGAAGAGUUGCAAAAAAAGAGAUCUGCAUCAGAACGCCUUUUCGUCCAGAAAUAUCUGUGAAGAAAGGUGCUUGAAUCAGAAGUAAGACCUUUAGUAAUUGGUCCCCUAGUCUGGGAGCCCAAGUGACUCUGCCAUUAUCUUCAUCUGAAUUCUCUUGCUCUUCCAAAGCACCCCUCUAAAGAACAUUGUUGAAUAAGAUAACUCAUGAACUUAAAACAGGGUUGUAACUCCUUAAUUUGUUGGAAUAAGCAGGCAGUGUCAGGGUUUGGGUGUUAAUUUAUAAACUGGAACAACAACAAAAAGCCUAGCUUUUGCUGAACUGCUGAACUUGUGUUUGGCCUGUACCACUUCAAAUUUCAAGCAGGGACUCUGAUGACUGAAUGGCUCCUGUGGACAAAACAAACGCACUUGGAAAAGUUGCAGGUCAGGGAGAAAGCUAAACAAACACAUUUGUCCCUGAAAAGCUAGAUUUCGAAGUAGAGGAUUUUUUAAUUUUAUUUUUCCAUCGAGUUAUAUUCAGUCAUCUGAGCAGCCUAGACACAAUUCAGUGGGAACUUGGCCAAAAGUCGCAUUAUUUAUUUGCAAGAUGCUUUUCUACCUGCCACUCCUACCAUGAAACAGAAUCAUUUAGCUUAAUCACUAUCAAGGCACAGCUUUUGCUUCCCUGUCUCCUCUUUGAUUGAGCUUUCAGGGUUUAGAAACUUUUUUUUUGAAGUUGCUUUUCUUGAGCCCGUGCAACUUUCCGACAGAUACAGUGUGGGGCUGCUAGCUGCGUCCCUGCAUGCACUUGCGGGGGGGGGGAUGUUUUGAGACCGUCUGAAAUCUUUAUGACCAGGAGUAGGGAACCUGUGGCCCUUGGCUCCGUAUCAGCCCUGAACAUUGGCCAUGCUGGCUGAUGGGGGUCGGGGUCCGGAAACACCUGGAAGGGCCAUAGGUUCCCCACCCCAUGUCAAUAUCACAUGUCAAGUCAUGUGGUGGCGCUGGCAUUUCACAUAGGGUCCUGUCCUACACACUGACAUGUUUGUGGGAUGCCUUGACACCUCUGCCAACCAGGAUCAGGGGAGAUGGCAUGAAUUCAUGACUCAUGGCUACAACCUCUGUAUAGAGUCAGGGACAUCCUCCACCUUAGGAGCUCUGGCAGUGGGCGAGUAUCUGACUUGACUCUUUGGAAAGUCCAUUUCUUUAGAAGCUAAAUUUGGCCCUUGUUCAGGCGUUGAUCUUUUUGAUGGACACCAUUCCUCAGUCCAGUAAUUUCUAACAAUUAGGUUUAAGCUUUGCCAAAGGUGGGGUGGGGCGAUUAUUGAGCACCCGGUAAUAACACUUUGAUGGCUUGGGUAGGUGCUGCCCCUGCUGGUAAUGUUCACAGGGUAUUGCUCCUAAAUUUAUUUUCCGCAGGGCAGUGAGGUUGGAGAAAACCAAGCCUUCCAAACUGGCGGAGUUUCUGGAUUCAAGACUAUUUUGAGACACCCCAAUCUGUUUUUCCUUUUACAAACUCCUCCGAACUCGUCUUCAGAUUAACUUUCCUUUCAGAACUUCUCUUGUCACUGAAACGAUCUACUAAUGCCAUUUUAAAAAUCUGCCAUGCUUUGUUACAUCGAUUCUUAAUUAUUAUUUUUAAGGAGAAACAAAAAUUAAAUUAAUUCCUAAAUUUAACAGGGAAAUUUAUUAAGUUAACUCUUAACCACAUUCACUUUGUAAAUUAUUGUAUAAAAACUUAUUGACAAUGCACUGAAUUUAGAAAGACCAUGUACAUAAGUACUGUGUAAAUAAUAAAAAAGUAUUAAUGUAUUGGAAUAUGAACUGUAUAAAAAAAAAGUCCAAGUAACUGUAUAUGGAGUGAACUUGUUUAUCUGUAACUAUAUUAUUCAAACAAAUUAAAUACUGUGGAUGCAA